AUGAACAUUUUUAUCGUUGAGAAAUUAAACACAGCAUUUUCCUCUUCUCGAAAAAAAUUAAAAAAUUAUAUAUAGGUAUAUUGAAGACAGCGUUACCAGGACAAAUGGACUGCAAAUAUGCUGCCUAAUCAUGUAUAAUCGGCAAGUAUAAUCUUACAUAAUUAAUAUUACGUUAUCUAUACAUAAAUUAUUUUCUUCACAGAUGGACAAGGAAGAAAAGGAAGAAAAGAAGGAGGAAAUGAAAAAGAAAGAGGAUAGAAGAAACAGGAGAAAGAGGUCUAAGGAACGAAGUCGGAUAAGAGGGAAGAGAAAGGAGAAUCUGAGGCCGUCAACGUCGCAAAUAAAAACAAUUUCCGAUGAUGCAGACGCCGCGGAGAAGGAAGAGGCCGAAGCGGACGGCGGGUGACGAGUGGCCAAUCAUUGUUUAUAUUCAUUGAUUACAUUUCAAUGAAUAAAUAUUGUAUAUGUUGAUCAAUUUACAUGUCUUUACUGUUCAUUCCUUUUCUGAAAUUAUUAAUGCCAUG